AUGCUUCAGGACCUCCCAAGUCUUAGCACGGUCAAAUCGAUAUCCUCCGGGGCCAUUAUUACCAUCAAUACUAGUAACGUUAGUUCUACCCGCACCAAACUCCUCCACCCAACACCGCCAUGGCGGCCAACAGAAUCAGGAGCAUGUUCCCGGUCGCUCCACGAAAGGGAGAAACCUUUGAGUUGAGGACCGGUUUGAAUUCACAGUUCGCCCAUGAGAGGUUAGUUGGGGGCUUCAUUUUUUUCCUCUAGUUUCUGGUAGCCAUUUGCUGAGAUGGCUCGUUCACAGGAAGGAUGCAAUCAGGAACACUAUUGCUGCCAUGACAUUGGGGAAAGAUGUGUCCGCUCUGUUUCCCGACAUUAUCAAAAAUAUGGUGCGGUUCCCAUAACCCUUCUUGCGAGAGUGUACUAUUAACGCCACGUCUAGGCAACCGGCGAUCUCGAUCAGAAGAAGCUCGUCUACCUCUACCUGAUGUUCGCGUCCCUCCACCGAAAAGUCCAUGUGUGCACGGGGUUCUAAUAUCAUAUCCUAGGAACUACGCAAAGACACAUCCAGACCUCUGCAUUCUCGCCGUCAACACAUUUGUGCAGGUUUGUCAAACUUACGGAGUCUACAUUAGGGGGUUCUAAUUCCUAGGAUUGCAGGAUUCGGAGGACCCAAAUCCAUUGAUACGAGCGUUGGCUAUCAGGACCAUGGGCUGUAUUCGCGUUGACAAAAUUGUUGACUAUAUGGAGGAGCCACUGCGGAAAACGCUAAAGGUAAGUAACUAUUAUACGUCACGUUAGAAUAAGAAAGUUAGACUAACGAUAUCCGGCGACAGGACGAGAGUCCGUACGUAAGAAAAACGGCGGCUAUCUGCGUAGCGAAGCUUUUUGAUCUUAGUCCAUCAUUAUGUUUGGAGAACGGAUUUCUUACAACGCUCCAGGAGAUGAUUGGUGAUUCAAAUCCCAUGGUGAGAAGCCUCCUUAGGUAGUGAUUCCAACGCUUGCUGAACCUUACCCGCCAGGUGGUUGCAAAUUCUGUGACAGCCCUUGCAGAGAUCAAUGAAGCUGCUCCGGAGACGGAAGCCCUGGCUGUCACACCUGCAAUUCUUAAAAAACUGCUGAUGGCCUUGAACGAGUGCACAGAGUAAGGUUUCCAUGAUGCGUUUUAUUCCUGCUUGUAUCCCCUACAAACUAAUGGGAGAAAAAAAAAUAAACAAAACAGAUGGGGUAGAAUAACCAUUCUUACCACUCUUGCCGAGUACAAGGCGGCGGAUGUGAGGGAAGCCGAACAUAUCUGUGAAAGAGUUGUACCGCAGUUUCAGCACGUGAACCCCAGUGUGGUACUUGCUGCUGUAAAGGUGGUGUUUUUACACAUGAAAGUGAUCAGCGCAGAGCUGUGUCGCCAGUAUCUUCGGAAAAUGGCACCUCCUCUUGGUGGGACAAUCACGCAUUGGGAGUUAGGAGUUUUAGCUAAUACCAUCUAGUUACUCUCGUAUCUUCUCAACCAGAGGUACAAUACGUUGCUCUACGAAACAUCAACCUCCUCCUUCAAAAACAACCAGAUAUACUUACAAAAGAAAUGCGGGUCUUCUUCUGUAAAUACAAUGACCCACCCUACGUUAAGCUAGAGAAACUCGAAAUCAUGAUUCGGAUUGCCAAUGAAAAGAAUGUCGACCAACUUCUCUCAGAAUUAAAAGAAUACGCACUUGAGGUAGAUAUGGACUUCGUGCGGCGGGCGGUACGAGCUAUUGGGCAGUGCGCAAUCAAGAUAGAUGGUGCUGCAAGCAAAUGCGUUAAUGUGCUGCUAGAACUGAUCAACACCAAAGUGAACUAUGUUGUCCAAGAGGCAAUUGUCGUUAUCAAGGUAAGUUUUACCGUCCUUACCAGUGUCUCAAAGUAUCCGUCCAGCUAACAUGCAAAAGGAUAUAUUCCGAAAAUAUCCCGGAUAUGAGGGGAUUAUCCCUAAGCUUUGUGAAAGUUUAGAUGAGCUCGAUGAGCCAAACGCUAGAGGAUCGCUGAUCUGGGUCAUUGGUGAAUAUGCCGAAAAAAUAAACAACGCCGAUGAGUUACUGCAAACUUUUAUGGAAGGCUUCAAGGAUGAAUAUACUCAGGUACAACUGCAACUAUUAACAGCGGGUGUAAAGCUCUUCUUGAAAAAACCACAAUCCCAAGCAGUCGUACAACAAAUUCUUCAAAGCGCAACAUCAGAAUGCGACAAUCCGGAUAUCCGGGAUCGAGCAUAUGUCUACUGGCGGUUGCUCUCCAAAGACCCUGAAGUGGCUAAGGUGAGCCUGGUGCAUUAUCACCAAUGGCAUAAAUUUAUCAUUACUAACCCUAUCGCAGAACAUCGUUCUUUCUGACAAACCGCCCAUUACCUCCAUAAUCCAAUCGCUACCGACCGGGCUUCUCGAGGAAUUGCUCGGGGAGAUAUCGACUUUGGCCUCCGUUUAUCACAAACCUGCAGCAACUUUUGUUGGGCAAGGAAGAUUUGGAGCCGACGCUGUUCAAAAGAGAGCUAUAGAGUGAGAUCUCAUACUCUACUAGUCUAUCCUGGCGCUGACCACCUCUACAGGGAGCAACUACAGAACGCCCGCGAAAACCCCAUACAAGCUUCUGCAGCCGCCAAAGGGCAAAACAUGGAAAAUCUACUUGAUAUUGAUUUCGAUGGGGCAGCACCCGCAAGCGCAUCUACUCAAACACCUCCGCCAGGAGGUCUAGAAUCGCUUGUUACAGGCUCCCCCCGUGUGGCUUCACCGGCAUCACCUACCAGCGGUACGGGUAACAAUCUGGACGACCUUCUCAGUUUAUUCGGCACGGAGUCUGCAGUGCCCGCAAAUGGAAAUGCAAACAGUGGAGUAUUAGAUGGAUUUGAAGGAUUAAAUCUCAGUCCUCAAGCAGCGCCUCCACGACCACAACAACAGAAGAAAGCAAACGAGGACAUCCUGGGCCUGUUCUGAUUAAGGAAAAUAAGGGGGUUUGUGAUGAUAGAAUUCAAAAUUUGAUGACAACGGUGAUAUCUUUAUUCCCGGGAGGCCGGAAGUCUACAUUUAACCCUAAUUAAUUUCUUAUGCUGUACAUUCUUUGUAAAUUCCUAAGCUAGAUAAGAGGAAAAUGUCAGACGUGGGACGUGCAAUCAUCACUCAAUAUCACUCGUACUGGCUUGCUAGAUUUAGUGAUUAUCCGCCGUAUCAUGCAAAAUAGUGUCUUUCCGAGAUUAAUUCCCCUCACUACCAACCUUUUUCUGCCU